UUUAAAGUUUUUUGCAGAACUUUGCUCAGAAACUUGAGAAUCUGUAGAUUUUAGAAAAUGUAGAGGGAAGCUCAAAGAGAAUUAUAGAAGUCCUACAUGUUUAUUUGAACAUAAGAAAUAGUUCCAGUCAGAAGUUUUUCUUCCACAAUGGGUCAGCGCCUGAGUGAGGACAGCGACCCGGACAAGGAGAUCGACGUGGCGGAGCUGCAGGAGUGGUACAAGAAGUUUGUGGUGGAAUGUCCGAGUGGGACUCUCUACAGACACGAGUUCAAGAGCUUCUUCGGCGUCACGGAGAACAAGGAGGCGGCAGAUUAUAUUGAAAAUAUGUUUCGAGCCUUCGACAGGAACGGAGACAACACCAUCGAUUUCCUGGAGUACGUUGCAGCCUUGAACUUGGUGCUGAGGGGGAAACUGGAGCAUAAACUCAAGUGGACAUUCAGAAUGUACGACAAAGACGGAAGUGGAUGCAUCGACAAAACGGAGCUGCUCGAAAUCGUGGAGUCCAUCUAUCGCCUGAAGAAAGCCUGUCACGGAGAGCUGGACGACGAGUGCAAUCUGCUGAGCCCCGACCAAGUGGUGGACCGCAUAUUUGAGCUGGUGGAUGAAAAUGGAGAUGGGGAGCUCUCGCUGGACGAGUUCAUCGACGGAGCUCAGAGGGACAAGUGGGUGAUGAAGAUGCUGCAGAUGGACGUGAACCCGGGCGACUGGAUGGACGGGCGACGACGCAGUGCAAACUUCUGAGGCUGCAACAUAAGCUGUCUCACACACACACACACACACACACACACACCUGGUGUCGCGAUGUGCUGCUGUAUAUAGGAUUUAGCUGAAUCAACACAACGCUGCUCUGUUUCGUCUGGCGUGGGUUUUGUUUCGUCCUGUUCAGGUUUCACGUUUGGACAAUAGUUUGUCUGUGUCCUGAGUGUACAGAUGCUGCAGCCAUAUGUGUUUUCAUUUUUAGGAUGAUGACACCUCUUUGUGGGCACGUACAGUACAGACGGAGCUUUCUCUUAGUUUUUUUUUUGGCAGGACAAUGUUUGUCUUUAUAUAAUUAUCAGUACAAUUAUCUCAUCUUCAUUUCCAUCAUAGCUCAGCUCAACUUUGAGCUGAAUAGACAUAGAAUAAAUCACCGAACAGAAAAACCCCUGUGAACAUUUUCAGGAUCUGUGAACAGUGAACUGUGAUGUCCAGGCUGCAGAGCCAUCAGAGGCUCAGUGACGGAUGGAUGGAUACA